AUGGCCAAGUCCAAUACCGGAAAUCCUUUACUUCAUCCGAUACUCUUCAUAUUUCAGCUGGUGCAAUGGGUUAUUGGCAAGGUUCUCUCACCUGAGCCACCCAAUCCUAGCACAAGACUUGGACGGCCCAAGAUUGCCGUCAUUGGCGCUGGUAUCACUGGUGUUACUUCAGCUGCGCAUUGUGUUGGCCAUGGCUUUGACGUGGUCAUCUUUGAGGCCGGAGAUCGAGAGUCCCUCGGCGGGAUCUGGAGCAAGGUAAACAACACUUCUGGGUUGCAAAUCCAUUCUCUCAUGUACAGAUUCCACCCAUCGGUCAAGUGGGAUCGCGGAUAUCCCGAUAGGCAACAAAUCAUUAGCCAAGUCAAGCAGCUUUGGGAGCGCUACGGACUCGAUACGAGGACGAAAUUCAACACACGUAUCGAAAAGGUCUAUCAAGAUGAACAAGGUCGUUGGAUAGUCAAUGAUACUUCCAAUGGCCGUUUUGAGGGACUCAUUGCUGCCGUUGGAACUUGUGGUGACCCAAAGAUGCCGACAAUGGAUGGAAUGAGCAAGUUUAAAGGCGACGUCUACCAUUCUAGCGAAUUGACUGGGAAAAAUGCCAAGGACAAGACCAUGCUCAUUAUUGGAGGUGGCGCUUCUGCCGUUGAAGCCCUCGAAUUCGCCUCGGAAGAAGGAUGUAAAAAGACGUAUAUCCUCUCACGAUCCGACAAGUGGAUCAUCCCGCGCAAUACUCUUGUCAAUGUCCUGCUUUCAUUCAACAUAUUCGGCCAAGAGACCCUCUUCUCCUGGAUACCCGAGACACUCCUUCGAAAGUUCUUUUACCGGGAUCUGCAGGAUCUCGCGCCACGAAACAAGGGAAUCUUUAUGGAAACUCCCAUGGUCAACUCGGACGUCAUGGACAAGCUUCGCAGCGGAGAGGCCGAAUGGGUCCGAUGCGACAUUGAAGAUUUCACCGAGAAUGGAAUUGUCGUCAACAAACGCGACAAGGGAGUGCCACCCGGAGGUCCAGGUCGCAACAAGGAGAUUCAAGGUGACAUGAUUGUCAUGGCCACGGGGUACAAGCGACCAAGUCUGAAAUUCCUCCCAGAUGACUGUUUUGAUGAACCAUAUGGACCACCCAACUGGUAUCUACAGACAUUUCCGCCAACGCAUCCUUCAGUCUCUGCCAUAAAUUGUACCUAUGUCAAUGCCAUUGGUACCGUAGGCAACUGGCACAUUGGUAUCUAUACGCGAAUUCUGCUCAUGUUUCUCGUGGACCCCUUGACGCGGCCCCGGACUUUUUGGAUGGAACGAUGGAUCGACAUGACCAAGAUUCUCAAGUCUACCGCUCCAACUGGCGCGUUUGAUUUCUUCACCUACCUUGAGCUGAUCUGGUGGUUCACAUUUUGUGUCACCAUUAACCCUUUUCGAUGGAAAUGGGUCUUUUUCGUCUUUUUCGGCCUAGGUUAUGCGCUCCCAAAGAGGAUAGUUGCGACUGAAGAGCGUAUACGAAACGGCUUGGGCUUUCAUCAAGAGGAGGGCCGCGAUGUUGGCAAGAGUUUUUAA